AUGCGCAUGGAGCGAGACUGGACGGUGCACGACGGAAACGCCUUCGCUCAACAUAUCGCCGAGCAGCGGCGAGCGCGGGCCAGGCCACAUCCGGGCAGCGGCAAGAAGGACUGGCGGAAGCGUGCGCAGGACUGGGCGUGGGCACCGGGCAACGACCCAACGGCCGCCGCUUCGUCGGACCGCUCUUCCUGGUCGGUGCACGACGGCAAGAUGUUUGCCAAUGCCGUGAGGACGGGCGUCGGGCGGGCGCCGAACGAGCGGCGGCUGCUGCACGGGGCCAGCCCAACGGACGCGGCCCUAGCAGAGCUGCUCGAGAGAUGGAGCGACGGGUGGGGCGCGAGCAGGCGUGAGGCCGAGCGCGACGCCGCCGCGCAAGCCGUGCGGUAUCUGCCCCCGAGCGCGCUUGCGCCAGCCGCGCGCGCGGCAGGAGACUGCAUGCUGCCGCCGCUGAGCAUGGCGGAACUGGCUUCGCCCGAGCGCGCCUCCCGGAUCGACGACUACGAGCUCCUCCGCCCCCUCGGGCUCGGCCAGUUUGCUAUCGUCUGGCGCGUGCUCGCCCUCAAGCUCACCCGGCGGCCCGUCGCCCUCGCCUCGACCCUCGCCGCUCCCGGCGAUCAGCCGCUCCGGGCCGACGGACGCGCAGACUGCCCGAGAGCACCCGAGAUUUCGCCGAUGGACGCGGAGUGCUUCCGGCUCGAGCCGCUCUACCGCGCGCACGGCUUCGCCGCCGAGGCGGGCGGCCUGCGAGGCUUCGUCGUGAUGGGCCCUCCUUUCGUCGCGGCGGCACGCUGCUGCGCGAGAUUGCUUGUCGACUUCGGCCUCUCGGUCCGCCUCGAGGGCCUCGGGGCCGAAGGCGGAGAGCAUGCAGGAGAGGGCGGAGGCGCGGCCGCAGCGGUGCGCACCACUUUCCAGGCGGAGCAGCGCGUGGGCGUCUACGAGUACAUGUCGCCAGAGGUGUUCCACUGCCGUCCGUUCGGGGCGGGCGUCGACACGUACGCCUUCGGGGUGCUGCUCUACCGCGCGCUCAAGGCGGCGCAGCCGCUCCCGCCCUUGGCGCAGCUCUGGAGCUACCUUGCCGAGGCGCCCUUUGCGUGGACGGGCGCAGACUGCUUCUUCGCCAGGUUCGCCACGCCCGCCCUCUCGCCGCACUGGCCGGCUGCCCUCUCCGAGCUGGUGAGCCGCUGCACGAAGCCGGACGAGGAGGAGAGGCCCUCCAUGCGGCAGAGCCUCGGCAGCGAUGCGCCCGCGCACGUGUCGGUCACUGCGUGA